CUCUUAAGUUCGUGGAAGGUUAUAAACUCAAUUGUCUCCGUGUGCUAUCUGCUGAGGACAACGAGUUUUCACUCGCCGAUGGAAAGGAACGAAAGCGAAAACUCGAAGAUGUUUACACUCAAAAAAUGGAAUGCCGUCGCCAUGUGGAGUUGGGAUGUCGAGUGUGACACCUGUGCCAUCUGCAGAGUCCAAGUGAUGGAUGCAUGUCUAAGAUGUCAAGCUGAAAGCAAACAGGAUUCGAGAUACGGGAAACAAGAUUGUGUCGUAGUCUGGGGCGACUGCAAUCAUUCAUUUCAUUAUUGUUGUAUGUCUUUAUGGGUUAAACAAAAUAACAGGUGUCCAUUGUGCCAACAAGAAUGGUCUAUCCAAAGGAUGGGUAAAUAACACGAUCUGUAGUUUAUAAUAUUUAAUUUAUAAUUAAUUGGUAUUGUAAUUUAUAUGUACAUAAAUGAAGCAAUAAAAUUUUAUUAUC